ACACAAAAUAGAGUUUGUGUAGUGUUUGUCCCAUUUAGCUUUGAGAAAGAUGGAGCUCUCCGUGUUUAUGUUCAUGCUUGUCGCUCUUGUUUCCUCAGAGAAUAAAGUUGUGCAUGAACAAUUCGUUUUAAGUGGAUGCUCUAAUACAGAUAAAGAAUUUAUGUAUGGAGUAGACGGAGAGGAACGACUCUAUGCAGACUUUGUUAAAGGAGUAGAAGUAGAUGCUCUUCCUGACUUUGUAGAGCACUAUCCCUACCCUGGAUUCUAUGAUAGUGCUUCAGCUGAUAUUCAAAUUUGCUUAGCAAACUUAGAUGUCGCUAUCAAGGCUUAUAAAAAUCCACAAGAGAAAAUGGACAAACCUCAGACUUCCAUCUAUACUAAGAAUGAUGUGCAGCUGAAUGUUGAAAACGUCCUCAUUUGUCAUGUGACUGGAUUCUUCCCUCCUCCUGUCAGAGUCUCAUGGACUAAGAACAACGAGGUUUUUAAAGAAGACAGUCUAAGUCAGUAUCGCCCAAAUGAUGACGGCACUUACAACAUCUUCUCCAGUCUGAAGUUCACACCUGUGGAGGGAGACAUUUACAGCUGCACUGUGAACCACACAUCUCUCGAAGAACCUCAGACCAAAACAUGGGACGUGGAAGUUCCUGUACCCAGUGUUGGUCCAGCUGUGUUCUGUGGAGUGGGUCUGUCUCUGGGACUGCUGGGAGUCGCUGCUGGAACUUUCUUCCUCAUUAAAGGAAACAACUGCAACUGACAUCCCUGAAAUGGAAGCAAACUUUGAAAAGAAAUUGUAUAGUGUGUAGCAGGCCCUGCAAAUAAAGUCUGUUUCAAUUGGCACUAUAGUGGAAAUUAAAACAAUAAUACUGUGCGUCGUUAUGUCUCUCAUAAAUAGAUUCACAGACAUAUAUAUAUAUAUAUAUAUAUAUAUAUAUAAAUUUAUUUCUUUAAAAUUAAUAUUUCCUGAUAUUUCUUGCUCGAAAUGUAACACCAUAUACAUAUACACUUACAUAGAGAUGAAUAAAAGGCUUAAAAUGAUAGUUGAUAUCUUUGCUACAUCACAUUUUCAGGUCAUCAAGAGUGAUAGCUGGAGUUUGGAAUUUUAAUUUGAACAAAAGCUGUUAGUUACUCUCUGGUUGAGCGCUCAUUGUCUUCCUCAUUGCUGGAUCAAUUCAAGUCUUUUCCCACAAACAUUAUGACUUUCUUAAAAAUUGUGGUAAGGUGUGCUUGAAAAUAAGGUUGCUUUUAAAUUUAGAUAUUUUCUGUUAUUGUUGUAAUAAUCAAGUUAUACAUUUUACAUGGUCUUGUAAGUUUUCUGACAUGCACUCCAAAUAAAAAUUCUUCAUUUUGAUUUCA